AUGGUGCACAAAGAUCCGGAAGGCUACGUCUCAGACUCUGGCUCCGCCUCCUCCGUUGACGACGACCACGACUUCGGCGACUGGCGCUCGGACGGUAGCAACCCUGCCGCUGCCACCCUCGCCCUCUUCACCGAUGCAGCUUCGGGCGAGCGCAAAUCCUUCUCCUCCCCCAUUGAGGCGCUGAACUACGCCAAGACACACGACAAGUGCGAUCUCGCUGCACUGGUUGCAAGAUUUCAGCUGGAUACGCUGCAGGUCAUUCGGCUGAUCAACCAUGUUCGACGCAACAACCUCACGCCAGAACAGGUUAACGGCAUCACGGCGGAUAGUGCGGUGCUGUCGGACGAUGACGAGUUGAAGCCCGUGCCAGGGUUUGAGGAUGAUGGGCUGCUGCAGGUGGACUUUGACCUGCUUGCGACGGAUGUUGGCGUGCCAGAUGCCGAGUCGAGCGACAGGCAGCGCAUUCGGGAGCUGGAGGAGCAGCUUGCUACAGCACGUGCGGCGUUCGACGAACUGCGCACCAUGCACGCUUCCACGCUCGGGCUCUCCUCUACUGACCUCACAGAGUCCUCGGGUGAACAACUUUCGCUCGACCAGCGCAGCCAGCUCGCGUCGGCCUCCCUGUCCCACUCAGCAGCCCGCACGCGACGUGGAGCGAACGAUGCCGAAGACGACGUGUUGUACUUCGACUCGUACUCGACCAACUCGAUCCACCAGACCAUGAUCACCGACUCGGCGCGCACGCUCUCCUACGCCCAGUUCCUACUCCACCCCGCGAACGCACACCUCAUCCGCGGCAAGACAGUCAUGGACGUCGGGUGCGGCACGGGCAUCCUCUCCCUCUUCGCCGCGCGCGCGGGCGCCAAGCAGGUGAUCGCCAUCGACGCUUCGGCCAUCGUCGAGCGCGCCAAACAGAACGUCGAGGCCAACGGGUUCGGGCAUAUCGUCAAAGUGCACCGCGGCAAGUUGGAGGAUCUGGCCGACGAGUUGAAGCAGUACGAGGGCAAGGUGGAUAUGCUUGUGAGCGAGUGGAUGGGCUACUUCUUGCUCUACGAGAACAUGCUGCCGUCGGUGCUGGUUGCGCGCGAUCGAUACCUCCACCCGACCACGGGCGUGCUGGCGCCGAACCGCAUGACGAUGCACUUGGCCGCGUUCGAGAGUCCCGCGCUGCUGCAGACCAAGCUCAAGUUCUGGGACGACGUGCACGGGUUCAACAUGGCCAGCAUGACCACGGGCCUGCUGGACGAGGCAUUUGUAGACGUCCUCGACCCAAACGAGGUCGUCUCCGAUUCGUUCAUCUUUGCGGACCUGGACCUGCCCAGCCUGCCUGCGAAACAGCCGGAGCCGUCGAGCGACUUUACGCUAACCAUCCAGAAGGACGCCAGCGAGGUGCACGGCUUCAUCUCGUGGUUCGACACGUUCUUCUUCCCGUCGGCGCGUGUCCCCGCCGGCGCCUCUUCGGCGUGCCCGGCAUUCAACCUGCAACCUACCGACGUCCACGGCCUGGACCUGCGCGCCAACCAGACCACCGCCACGCCCGAGUCCGCCACGCUACCCGAGCGCGGGGGAGAGGGUGAGCUGGUCGCCUUCUCCACCUCGCCCUACAGCAAAGAGACGCACUGGCAGCAGACGCUGUUCGUGCUCAAGACGCCCCUUGGCGCCGUCAAGAAGGGCGACACAAUCAAGGGCAGGAUCGUCGUGUUGCAGGACAGCAAGCAUUCCAGACAGCUCGAGUGCGAGCUGCACUACCUCCACGUACCCGCAGAUGCGCACAGCGACCGCAGGAAAAAGGUCGAGACCCAACUCGUGCAGGUGUACAUGGUCCGCUAA